AUCGCGAUAAGUCUUCCAGGUAAUAUUCUAGGGUUAUGGGAUCAUCGACAGUACAACCCGUGCCCCUUCGGAUUUCGCUGGAUUAACAAUCGUCUUCACUCCGCACCCCUUUCCUCCAUGGGUGCGACACUUUCCAGUCUAUGGAGAGCUGUCUUCAGGCCUUGGUUUUGGUUCCACACGGCAGCUCCAUUUAGGCAUCAUUACGCCCUCGACGACAAUUCAGUCAGGUUGUUGCGGUUUGCUCGCCCAAAGUGGUAUACACUAGGCCUAGCGAGGCCAAGCCUUGUCAUCGAAACGCAUCCCGUGGACAAAUCGCCCAAAUAUGUAGCGUUGUCGUAUACCUGGGGUCCGCCACAAGACGGUAUUGCCGGGGACGAAUUCAGCGACAAGCUUCCGGUUCUCGUCAACGGGCGGCCGUUCCCUGUCUUGCGCAACCUGAUGGACGCGCUGUGUUGCUUGCACUGGCGAUGGGACUUUGACGACGAUGUGCAACACCUCUGGGUCGAUGCCAUCUGCAUCAACCAGAAUGAUCUAGCCGAACGCGCUGCCCAGGUGGGCAUCAUGGACCGGAUCUACAAACGUGCUGCAUCAACCUCCAUCUGGCUGGGGAGGGCAAGCCCCGAGGCUGCGAAGGCUAUAAAAAUGAUCAAGACCAUUCUGCUGAUCCCUCCCGAGGAUUUUGGUCGUUACUACCGGCAACACCCAAACGGGGUCCCCCCGCCGGACGAGUUUUGGCAUGAACGGGGCCUUCCCAGCCCCGAAAAGAACGGGGAAGAGUGGAAGCCGUUGAUUGACUUCUUGGAGCAUCGCUGGUUCAGCCGGACUUGGGUGAUCCAAGAAGUGACCCUCUCCUCUUCGGACAACGUUUUCGUAUUUUGGGGACCCUACGCGAUGACGUGGGAUGAGCUGGGCCGCGUGGUGUUUGCCGGUCGAGUGGCGAGGUUGGGACAACUGGGAACACUGCCGGCGCUGUCCCGGUAUCUCUCAGGCGACAGCCGCGACGGCCACGGGAACGGUAAAGCAGAGGGGAUGCAAGACUGGGUUGUCAGCGACUCAUUCGCCAAUAGCUUCCAGCUCUGGUACAACCGGCAUCGAUAUCUCCAACUGGGCAAUCCGAGCCCAGUCGACGACACGAUGCGUAACGAGAUGAGAUGCCUCUCGGGCUGCACGACGGACAAUGCAGUGUCGUGGCUCAUGUACUUCGCUCUCACCAACCGGUGGGCCGAUGCGACCGAUCCCAGAGACAAGGUCUUUGGCCACCUCGGCCUCAUCAACAAUAUCGCCGAGCAGGACGGCCUCAGUCCAUUGGCAGUCGGCGUCAACUACUCGGCCGACAUCACCUCGGCGCACAUCUACGAACAGACCAUGAGGCAUCUUAUCGACCAAACCGACAGCCUCGCCGUGCUCAUGGCCAUCAACGACCCCCCAUAUUCGAGGCAGCCAAAUCUCCCCUCCUGGGUACCGGACCUAUCCCGACGCCACGGCCUCGAGCUGAUGUGGUCCAUCCGACCCCAAUUCAACGCCGCCGGAACACCCACCACCACGGAGGACGAACAACCCAACGGCCAACACCCCGAGACCAACAACCGCCAUCGCAAGAUCCACAUAGCCGGACCGCGCAUCCACGUCCGAGCCGCCGUCAUCGGGACCGUUUCGACGCUGAGCGUCUCGCUGCCCGACCUGAUCGGUCCGGACUGGCAUCGCUUCGCCGGCCACCUGCUGGGGAUUCCGGGCGGCGCCACAUACCCGUUCACGGGGCAGGCGCGCGUCGAGGCGUUCUGGCGGACGCUGCUGAUGGACUCGGUGGCGAGGAGGUGUCCUGCGCGGUGGCCGGGGAGUACUACGGGGGACGGGGAUAUGUUUCGUGGGUUCGUGCUGCAGUGCUUGGCUAGGUAUUUCCCCGGGGCGACUGCGGCUGCGGCUGACGGCGCUAUCGACGCGGAUGCUGGAGGGGUGUUGGGUUGGCUAGGGGAUGUCAAUGAGCUGGCUGCAACGGACUUUUCUGGUCACAUGCCCUCGUGUAAGGGGUUGGCAGAUCUGACUUUGCAGAUUGCAAGGCUUCUUGAUGAGGAGGAGAACGGGGAGGAGGAGAAAGAAGAGAGGGAGGAAGAAGAGGAAGAGGAGGAAGGAGGCCGGGGGGAGAGGAUGGGGAGCCCACCACCGCACGACAAGAUCGUCAAGGCGUUGGCUGUCUGUGUCGACAGGACCUCGACAUUCCUGAUUGGAAUGGACGGAAGUAUGGUGAACCGAAGGAUCGUGAUUUCGAAUCAAGGUCAUCUCGCUAAUAGUCCGAUGUGGACCGAGGUUGGUGACACCAUUGUUGUUCUGGACAGCUGUCCUUGUCCCCUUGUGUUGAGACCUCACCCCGAAGAACCAUCGUGCUAUAUGUUGGUUGGCUCGGCAUAUGUCCACGGUGUCAUGUAUGGGAAAUCAAUAGGUGAAGAUACGGAAUGGGAGGAAGUAUGUAUUCGAUAGGGGUCAUGUACUGUACUGUACCAUAUGGAUUGGCGUUAAGGUGGGAGCCCCGAGACAGCGUUGGACCGGGGGAGGAUCUUCUCAUCGUAGUUCUGUUCUGAUGACCGAUUGCUACCUUUCACAAUGCCAUGACAAGAAGGUAGACUAGACAAUCAACAUCUACUAAUCAGUGAC